ACUCCGAGCUUUUCCUCGGCGAGGAGGAGGGUGCAGAGUGUCAGCUGAGCCCCGGCCAGAGCAGGAGCUGCGGGAAGACCCUGGAGAGCAGGGCUGGGAGUGGGGAGCUGGCAGUGUGGGGCCAAGAAAAAGGGCUGAGGAGGAAAGCCAGAGACAGAGGCAGAGGGGAGCAUCUGGGAUGGUGGGGAGGGUUCGUGGAGAGUGAGGCAGGGGAAUGGAGGGAGUAGGAGUCUGGGGAAAGUGAGGAUUUUGAAGUGAGAGAGUCCGCUUGGGCUGGGCGUGGAGGGCCGAGGGUGGAGUGGGGCUGAGGGACGAGGUGGGUUAAGGUGCUGGUGGGGAAGGACUAGGGCUUCCAGGAGCGUCUGAAGGCGGAGGUGGAGGUCCGACGGCACAAGUGAGGGGUCUGCAGGUAGAGCUGGCAUUGGAGGGCUGGGAACGUGGACGGUGGCUGAGCGGGGCGCGCGUGCAGGUCGCAGCCUGCAGGUGAGGAGCCAGGGUCUGAGCUAGGGACCGGGGUCCAAAGGAAAGGCUUUCAGAUCUGAGCUCGGCGGCUCCGGCGGUGGAGCUGGGAGCCCGCGGUGGCCGGCUGGGGAAGGGGGCAGGCGCAGAGGGGUCGCGCCUCGGCCGCUGGAACCCGCGGCUGCUGGUCCUGGGCUCGGCGAUGCGGGUGCACCUGGGCGGGCUGGCCGGCGCGGCUGCGCUGACCGGGGCGCUCAGUUUUGUGCUCCUGGCGGCCGCCAUCGGCACGGACUUCUGGUACAUCAUUGACACCGAGCGGCUGGAGAGGAGCGGCCCGGGGGCGCAGGACCUGCUGGGGUCCAUCAAUCGCAGCCAGCCCGAGCCUCUGAGCUCCCACUCCGGCCUCUGGCGGACCUGCCGGGUGCAGAGCCCGUGCACACCGCUGAUGAACCCCUUCAGGCUGGAGAACGUGACAGUCAGCGAAUCGAGCCGGCAACUUCUCACCAUGCAUGGGACGUUUGUGAUUCUGCUGCCGCUCAGCCUGAUCCUGAUGGUUUUUGGGGGGAUGACGGGGUUUCUGAGCUUCCUCCUCCGAGCCUACCUCCUCCUGCUGCUCACUGGAACUCUCUUCCUCUUUGGAGCCAUGGUGACCCUCGCUGGGAUCAGCGUCUACAUAGCAUAUUCAGCCGUGGCCUUCCGGGAGGCGCUGUGUCUCCUGGAGGAGAAGGCCCUCCUGGACCAGGUGGACAUCCGCUUCGGCUGGUCCCUGGCCCUGGGCUGGAUUAGCUUCAUCGCCGAACUGCUCACCGGGGCAGCCUUCCUGGCAGCAGCCCGCGAGCUCAGCCUGAGACGAAGGCAGGACCAGGCCAUAUGAGCCUGGGCUCUGGGUCGUGGAGGGGAGGGAGGGGCUUGGCCCCGGAGCUUCAUGGACCCAUCUCCAUGGGCUGCGGCCUCCUCUUCCUCAAAGGCCACUCGGGGAGGCCAGGCACCCCCCACUUCCCCCACAAAUCCCCGCGGACUAAGCUCGGGGCCUGGCUGUUAUCCUAGUGCCUGUGUGCUCAUGACCGUGUGUGUCCGUGUGGCCUGGAGGAGCCUGAGGGAGUGCCAAACCGCUUUGCGAAAAAUAAAAACGAUCCUUUAAUCACA